CGCACCUGAAAACUAGGUCAAUGAAUGCGUGGCGGCUCUCCUACAUCUGGAUGCGCGUGCAGCAGCCUACUGCAUGGGGGCUACUGUGAUGGAACAGCUUCGCAGAGCAGAAAGACUGGAAAUAAUGUCCUGAAAAGCGGUUUUCUCCGUGGAUCAAUAUACCACGACAACCCGACAUCCUCAGGUCGCAAGUGACCGCGCAUCUUUCACAGAAUAACGGAGCUGCGGCGAUAAGGACCAAAACAUUAAUUAUCAGGCCGUGGUGACAUAGACGGUCUCAGCACAGCAGUCACCGUUAGUUCUGCACAACAACACAACAAAAAUGAGGAUUUAAAUCGCUGUUUUUGUAUUUUUUAUUUAUUUCGCCUGCGGCUGCUGCUGCGGUAACACCCCUCUUUGUAGAUCGCUUGCACUCCUCCUCCCUCCCUCCCUUCCUCUCCUCCGCUCUCCAUCCUUCCUUCCCCGGAGCGGCUGGGUGGACUUGCGGGGCUAUGGAGGAUGCGGGUGAGAUGAGGAAGACAUUCACGGUACCGGAGAUUAAACCGUUGGAUCAGUACGACUUCAACCGAGCCAAGGUGUGCGCCAGCGUCCGGUGGCUACUGGCGAAGUCAUACGGAUCCGCAGAGAAUGUCCCGGUGGAGCUGCGAGAGCCUCUGUACAGAGACAAGUAUGAGCAGGAGCACCUCAAGCCCUCCGUCUCCCAGCUACUCUUGUCCCCUGAGCUGUACUGUAGGACCCAGGCCCUGCUCCACGGGGCCUCCCAGCCCGCUCCUCAGGGUCCCCCAGGGGACAACUCCGCCCUGCUGCAGCUCCUCACCAAAAGGGGCCUGGAGCCCAGGGACCAGGAUGUGGCCAUCACUGAGGAAGACCUCAGCCACACGCCCAUCAAGACGAGGGCCCACCUGGUCCUGAUUGACUCGCUGAUGUCACUGGCUGCCAUGGAGACAGUGGGCAAGGUUAAGAUGAUGGCGGAGGUGGAGAAAAUGGGGGACGGGGCUCCGUGGGAGAACGCCCUCCUCUUCUGGGUUAACCGGUUGAAUCAGAAGUUGAGAGAGUGCACUGAGGAUGAGGAGGCUCCAACCUGCACAGAGCUACAGCCUGUUCAACCAACAUGUCCCACCCGCUGGUACUGGAAACUGGUCCCACAUGCCAUCGCUUUUUGUUUGAAGGAGGAGUCUGGGAAUAAACCUCCAGUGAUCCGCUAUAGGAAGGAUAAGGUCCUGUCUAAGCAGACUCCUACCUUUCCUCUGGUGUCUGGUGUAAAGGAUCUGUCUAAUGGCUGUGCUAUAGCUGCUGUUAUGCACUACUACUGUCCUGAUCUGCUGCCACUGGAGGAUGUGUGUCUGAAGGACACCAUGUCUGUAGCAGACAGUCUGUAUAACCUGCAGCUGAUUAGAGAGAUCAGUGAGACCAGUCUACAGAGCUGCUGCCACCUAGCGCUGGAGGACCUUCUCUACGCCCCGCCUGCACUACACGUGAACAUUAUGAGUUUCAUAGCAGAGCUGCUGGGAUGGUUCGAGGUGCAGAAACCUGAUUUUGUCAAGCCAUUACUACCUCUAGACCUGACAGAUGCCUCAGGGUUGUUGGACUGCACCAUUCCUGUCAGUGGGAACAGCAACAGUGGCUCUCCUUCCUAUAUCUUUAAACAGCCUUUCGUCCCCAUAUCCUCUCCUGUGUCACCUGAAGGGAACAUGUGGACCAAGAAACACAUCCGUCGUCCUCUCUCGGCUGUGACCUUCAGUAUUCCGUUCGGUCUGGACAGUGACGUGGACGUUGUCAUGGGCAACCCUGUGCAUUCCGCCAGCACCAACAGCCUGACCGCCGGAGUGCCCGCCAUGAUGACAUCGGGGAUGACACGGGUCCCCUACAGACCCCCCGAGGACCUCAGUCACCUGGUCAGCGCCUCUGUCCCUCAACGCUCCUCCUGCGGCCAGCACACACCGGCCCUAGUGGGGCUGCCGACCAUCGAGAUCAUCCACACUCCCGGAGGAGGAGAAAGAGGAGGAGGAGGGAAAGGAGAUAAAGAAGGAGGAAGAGGAGGAAGGCCCGAGCCACGCUUGCGUCCAGAAGGAGCUCCUGCAGGUUUCUUCCUUCAUUCUCCUGAAGAUGACCUGACCCAGAUCAGCAGCUCCGCCCCCUGCCGCUCCGGAAUGCUCUACCGGCCAAUAGGAGGGGAGGGGGGGGAAGGAGAGAGGCGGAGAGUGGGAGGCAGGGAGAGGGGGAGACGGACAUCGGAAGGUUCGCGGGACGACGACUCGGUCCUCCGCGAUGGAAGCGUGGACUCAUCGGAAGCCUCCGACGACCUUCCUAGAAACGCCCCCGGCAACGUCCGCCCUGGCCUCGGUUGUCACGGCAGCGGCAGCAUCAGCAGCACCGGUGGCAGCAGCGGCGGUGGCAGUGGCGGCAGCCCAAGGAUGACGAGCUUCGCCGAGCGGCGGGACAGAAGGAGACAGCCGGCCGCACCGGGAGAGGAGUCAGUCAACACCCCGACCCCCACCACACCCACACUCCAUACCCCCACCCACACCACCCCCAGCCCAGGAGGGAAGCACCCUGAGCCGGGUACAGAGGCCUGGGAGCUGGGGGCCCGCCUGGAGGAGAAACGCAGAGCCAUCGAGGCCCAGAAGAGACGCAUUGAGGCCAUAUUCACCAGACACAGACAGAGGUUGGGCCAGACUGCCUUCCUACAGCUGAAGAGAGGACAGGGAGGACAGGGAGGAGAGGGAGGAGAGGAGCCUCUGUCUCUGGAGGAGCGUCUCAGCCGCAUGGAGGAGCAGCUGAAAGAGGAGGAGGAGAAGGAGGAGAGAGAAAAGGAGGAGGAGAAAGGGAAGGCAGAAGAAGGGAACUCCCGCCCCCAGCUGCGAUUGGAGAAGCAGGUGACGUUCUCCAUGGAUACGAUGAAGGGGGCGGAGAAAGGGGCGGAUAAAUGGGAGGGGCCUGAGCCGGGGGGAGGGGCUGUUCUAGGGGAGUAUAAUGAGGUGGUCCUGAAGCUGAGUGAGGCUCUGAGGUCACUACAGAACGACAUGCAGAAGCUGACCCAACAACAACAACAGCUAAUGGGCAAGAGGACCACACCCAAAACCACACCCAAAACGACACCCAAAACUGCACCCAAAACUACACCCAAAACUACACCCAGGACACCACCCAGGACCCCCACUAAGAGUCCGACUAGAACCCCGACCAAGAGCAUCAGUAAGGCUUGGGUGAUCCCAGCAGGCUCCAAACACCCCACCUCCACUACCUCCCCCUCUCGCCGGGCCCUCCCCCACCUCUCCUCCACCCCUCCCAAAACCCCCAUCUCCUCCUCCUGCCCUGCCCCCCGCACCAAGAUCCACUCCUCCUCGUCCUCCACCCCCCGUAGCCCUAAACACCACCCGCGCCCCUCCCACCCCCACUCCCGCCCCUCUGAGUUGAAGUUCCCUCCCUCCACUCGUGUCCUCACCCCCCCGCAGCAUGUAGACUCCCUCCCCCACCUGCGACGCGUCUCCCCCAGCCAGUGCCAGGUACAGACCUCCUCCUCUUUCCGUAUCGGGGGCCCCUGCACCCCCCAGGUGCCCCCUGCCACCCUGCUGCCCCAGCCCGAGGAGAGUACCUCGGAGACGGGCUCCAGCGAGACGCCCACCCAGUUCAACCUGGAGCUGGAGGAGCAGGACGGGUCAGGGGGAGGCCGGCCCGUGUUUCCCCAGUCCAGGAGAGGCCGUUCUGGGGGUGGCAGCAGCUCUGGAGCCCCCUCCGAGUGCUCCUUUGAGAGCGAGACCCUGUCGCUGUUGGCCGCUUACUGCGGAGGAGGGGAGGGAGGGAGAGGAGGAGCAGGUGGAGUAGGAGGAGGGACGCGUGGCAGCCUGAUGGAGGGGUCGUUGUCAUCCCUGGGGGGGCCAGAGGGGGGCAGUGACGAGCCAACUGACACAGAAGGACAGGAGUUCUUCUCUGACUCCAUGAGCGACCACACAGAACCUCCAAUAGGAGAAACGUUGGAACCUACGGAACCCAUGGGAGAACCGAGAGAAUCUACGGGGGAUCAAGUAGAACCAAGAGUAGAACAGACACAGAACACAGAACUCCUAGAAACCUCAGUGGAACCCACGGAGCAGACGGAACCGGAGGCGAGAGGAGGGGUUGGUUUCUUCUUCAAGGAGGAGGUGCGUUGUGAAGAUGAGAUGGCUCAGAGGAGAGCUGCCCUGUUGGAGAGACAGCAGAAAAGAACAGAGGAACUGAAGAGGAGGAGACAGUGGAACGAACAGGAGAGAGAGAGCAGACCCCCCUCUGAGGAGGAGCGAAGAGGCUCUCUCCCCUGGACCCCUCCCACUCCCCCCGCCGCCGGUGUCCCCUCCCUCCCCCCGACCACGCCCAGUCGCCGAGGUGAUUUCACGCGGAGGGAGUACGCCCACCGCCAGCAGAUACGCAUCAUGUCUGAUCUGGAUAAGGUGCUGCGUCAGAAAGCCACCAAUCAGGGACGAGCCGCCGCCAAGAAGUCCCGCCCCCGACCUCGGAGCAUGACCCGGGAGGAGUCACAGCUGUCCCGCAGCCCAGCCAGGAGCACUACGGGUUCUAAGUUGACUAAGGUGUACUCUCACUCCUCUCUCAACCUGGCUGCUAUGGCUGAUGACUCAGGAAUCACAGUCCCUGACAACACUGUCCCUGACACCACCGUCCCUGACAACACCGUCCCUGACAACACCCGCCCUGACAACACCGUCCCUGACAACACUGUACCUGACAACACCGUCCCUGACCCUAGCAAGAAACCAUCCAGCCGCCCUGAUUCGCCCUCCCGUCUGAUGUCACCGAGCCGACUGGCCAAUCAGAACGGAGAUAAGGACUGGGAGAUCGGCUCCAAUGGCUCCUCCCCUUCCAUCCCAGAAUACUCCGGGCCCAAACUGUUCAAGGAGCCGAGCUUCAAGUCCAAUAAGUUCAUCAUCCACAACGCCCUGUCUCGCUGCUGUCUGGCUGGCAAGGUCAACGAGACUCAGAAGAACAAGAUGGUGGAGGAGAUGGAGAAGAGUCCAGCCAACCACUUCCUGAUUCUGUUCCGUGAUUCCAGCUGUCAGUUCCGAGCCGUCUACACCAUGAGCCCCGAGACUGACGAGCUCAUCCGAUUGGCCGGGGUGGGCCCGCGUGUCGUAAGCCCCGCCCUGGUGGAGUCCAUCUAUAAGUACAGCUCCGACAGGAAACAGUUCAGCUGUAUCCCGUCCAAGACCAUGUCCAUGAGCGUCGACGCCUUCACGUUACCAGGACACCUGUGGCACAGCAAGAGGCCUGGCAAGCCAAAAUAAAUAUAUAUAUAUAUACAUACAGGAAUGGAUGCACACAUACACACACACACACAAACACACACAAACACACACAAACACACAAACACACAAACACACAAACACACACACCUUCAUUACCUUUCGUCCUACAUGGGACGCACUACCCGACUUGCCCUUAAAUCUCAUUGGACCUACUGACUAUUGACGAGGUACUUUCCCUCCCUUGUAUGUGCAUGGAAAUGGAACAGUCCAACUAUCUACCCUUAUAGAGAGGGCUCUAAGACUCUUCCACACGCGGGGGGAUACUGAAGACCAGUCGUUGUUGUAAAAAUUACUUUUUCAAUCUUUAAAUGGUUAUGCUACACAGGAAACAAACUCUUUACACAAAAAGUGUAUCUUUCUCCUUUUUAGUUAAAACGUUCUCCUGUAAAUGACUGAGGUACAAAAUGAUUGUUUUUCUGUCUAAAACCCUUUGGCCUUAUCUUCUGUUCUGUUCACUACUAGCUGAAAGGCUGGAAGCAUGCUGAUAGCCAUUGUUUUAGGUUGACUAAAGUUUUCUGUUUCAUAACACUAACACAAUCCUUCUAAUGCCUUCUGCCCAACGACUGGCAGGCACGGAACUUUUAUUUAGAAAUGUGGACUUUUAUUAUUCUGCAAAACCACAGUCAAAACAAGGAAUGGAAGACAUUUGUUGCUUCUUUAAUGUGAAUAGGAUAAAAGAACACUAGAUGUUUGUUCACCAAAUAGCACAAAAUCAAAGAUUGUACAUAGUUUUGACGGACGGGCCAUUGCUGGCAGACUAAGGCCUAGAUUCAAUCCGAUCAGCGCCAUGGCUCGACUGAAAUUUAAAAGCACUGUUCCUGCAUUCGCCGAGACUGAAUUCUCGAUAAAUGCUGAAUAUGUUGGCCAAAUCGGAAAUGACCUUUAAAUGUAAAUCCCGCUAUAAGGCGGAUGGAUGUUCUGCGCUUUGGAUUGAAUCCAUCCCUAAACUGCCGUGGCUGAUUCGUACCAAGACGCUGCAGCAUGGAUAUGUGUUCUUACAGUGCUUGACUUGGGCAGGAGCCCGCCGGAACUGGAACUCACCGGAACUGAUCGGAACUUAACGGAACCUAAUGGCACCUCAAAUGUUCUACUUGAGUUCCUACACCUCUUACAGAAUAUUAGCUCUAAACUACUGCAGAGUUCCUGCACCUAAUUAUAAACAGUACCAGCACUCAACAUGAGUAAUGGCACCUAUUUCAGUCCAAGUCAAGCACUGGUUCUUAUGGGUUGUCAGCCAAUAGAAAUGUAAAACCCUGAAGGUUAAAGGUCAGGGGACAGGGGUUAUAAC